CGCACCGCUCCGCGCUCCUCCUGCACGGCUCCGGCUCCGCGCCCCGGGAAGGUUAUGAAGGAAGAAUGGAGUUUCCAGACCAUAGCCGCCAGUUGCUGCAGUGUCUGAGUCAGCAGCGUCACCAGGGCUUCCUGUGUGACUGUACUGUGUUGGUUGGAGAAGCUCAGUUCCGAGCGCACAGAGCCGUCCUCGCCUCUUGCAGCAUGUACUUCCAUCUUUUCUACAGGGACCAGUUAGACAAAAGGGAUAUUGUGCAUCUGAACAGUGACAUUGUCACGGCCCCUGCCUUCAGCCUGCUGCUCGAAUUCAUGUACGAGGGAAAGCUGGAGUUCCACAGCCUCCCGGUGGAAGAUGUGCUGGCCGCCGCCAGCUACCUCCACAUGUAUGACAUUGUGAAAGUCUGCAAGGGCAAGUUGAAAGAUAAAGAAUCGGGCUCGGAGGAGAAGCCAGGCGAUGAGGCGGCCGUGCUGGACAAAGCGGAGCGUUUCCUCGAUGAGUUCGAGCCGGGGGGCAAAGCCAGAUCGGAAUACGAGCGGGCUGUGGGCAAGGAGAAGGUGGGAUCCCACCCCGCCUGGACCUGCGGCCCCCCCAGCCUCAGCCCGGCCGAGGCAGAGCCCUGCGCAGCGGCAGCUGGAAAAACAAAGGCGAAUGUCAAUAGUUGUGUGGGACCUUUGUCCCAAAGGUCUGCCAGCCGUCCCCCGGUGUCGAGUGAGGCCGACUGCGCGCUGGAUUUGUCUUUCAAACCCGUGCUGGGGAGAGAUUCCUUGCAGCCCUCCUAUGCCUUCGGACAGCUGGCUUCCGACAGCCAGCAGCAGGGCACCGAGCCGCUGGUGAAGGAUGAACAAGAGUCGCUGUCAGAGCGGGAGGACGGCGAAGCCGGCAGUCCGGAGAGUCAGCAUUUUGGGAACUCGGCCAAGAGCCUGGUGACAGGGUUAGGACACAUGUUCGCAGGGAAUGGCAGCUCUCACGGCCGGGAGGAGGACCUAGACCAAGAGCGAGAGGAGAGCGAGGAUGACAUGGACCCCGCGGACAUCUCUGCGGGCGUGCUGGUGCCUCCGGGGCACAUCUGCAUCUGCCCGCUGUGCAGCAAGGUGUUCCCCAGCCCUCACGUCCUGCAGCUGCACCUCAGCUCCCACUUCCGUGAUAAGGACGGCGCCAGGAGCCGCCUCUCCCCCGACGGCGCGGUGCCCACCUGCACCCUCUGCGGGAAGACUUUUUCCUGCAUGUACACCCUGAAGCGGCACGAGCGGACACACUCGGGCGAGAAGCCCUACACCUGCGGGCAGUGCGGGAAGAGCUUCCAGUACUCGCACAACCUGAGCCGCCACGCGGUCGUGCACACCCGUGAGAAGCCCCACGGCUGCAAGUGGUGCGAGAGACGCUUCACGCAGUCGGGGGAUCUGUACAGACACAUCCGCAAGUUCCAUUGUGGCCUUGUCAAGUCUUUGGUUGUUUGAGACGUGGGAUUCUUAUUAUUUUCGCAUCCCCCC